GUGAUCAGAACCAUCGCUCACAAAGAGGGCGGCGGGGUUUGGCGCCAUAACUCUCGCUAAGCAAUCGCACUAAGCACAGACCAGCGCACCUUCUCACACGAAUUCGUGGUUCGCCUUCAACUUCGACUUCUCAUCUUCAGACCGUUCACAGCCAACCCGACGAGAUGCAGAUCUUUGUGAAGACCCUCACCGGGAAGACUAUCACCCUUGAGGUGGAGUCCAGCGACACCAUCGACAAUGUCAAGUCCAAGAUCCAAGAUAAGGAGGGCAUUCCCCCGGACCAGCAGCGUUUGAUCUUCGCUGGAAAGCAGCUCGAGGAUGGCCGCACUCUCUCCGACUACAACAUCCAGAAGGAGUCCACCCUCCACUUGGUGCUCCGUCUCCGUGGUGGAAUCAUCGAGCCCUCGCUCAAGGCCCUUGCCUCCAAUUCUUACGGCGGACGGACUUAUCUUGUUUGCUUUUUUCUUUUGCUCCUCUUUCGCUCUCUAUCACCCCAAGCGCUGUGAAGGGCGGGGAGAAAAGGGCAUUUAAAUAACAAAAAGGGGAAGAGGGGGAAAGGGAUCCAACGAUUGCAUGCAACGAGAAACCAAGAUAACGA